AUGCUGGAGAGGUACAUUCGAUGAACUUGACCCUCAGUUCUCAACCAUGAGUGCUUCUUCAGAUGAGAUACCUGCCUUGGGCCCGCGCCCUUAUCACAACACGGCGAAUGACCAUCGGGGGAUCGUUUUGACAAUGAGCAUCCUAUUCAUGGUGUACUCCCUGAUGGUGCUGGGAAUGCGUCUUGUGAGCAAGUAUAGGAACAUGGGCAUCGAAGACUGGCUCUCCGUCUGUGCUACAGUUAUCGCGGUCCCACAAUUCAUUUCCAUCAUGGUAGCAACUGUCGAUGGCGGCUUUGGGUCUUCGUAUACGCUUUUGUCUCCUAGUGAUACGCACACAGUUGCCAAGUCGCUGCGAGCCGGAGACGUCCUUUUCCUGUUAGCCCUCUUCGGCGGCAAGUGCUCUGCUAUCUGGCUCUGUAGGCGUCUGUUUGCUGUCGGACAGCAUCAGAAGCACCGAUACUGCGAAAUAACCAUUGCUAUCUGUGGGCUAUGGUGUGUCGGGUCAAUCAUUGCAGCCACCGCUGGGUGUACAUCUAGCGAAGUCAUCCGAUCGGGCUCCGAGAAGUGCUCGGGAUUGGUCACUCGUUGGAUCGUCAUUGGCCUGUUCGAUGCUCUGCUGGAACUGGUCAUCUGGUGUCUUUCCAUUGUGGUGAUCUUUCCACUGCACAUGAGUCUCCAGAGAAAAGUUCAAGCGUCCAUGUGCUUUGUUCUCAGAUUGCCAAUCAUUGUCCUUAUCUGCCUACAAAUCAAAUAUGUCUCUGAUUUCAGCUCAGCGUCCAAUGCAGGUAUCGCCCUCACUCGUCCUAUUCUCCUUCGUCAGGCCGAGGUCGUCUACUCCCUCCUGUCUGCCGCUAUCCCAGCCUUGAACCAGUACCUACGCAAAUUCGACACAACACAGGCCACUGUAUUUGGAUACAAUGCCAGCCAAUACGGCUCUGGCGGACGCUCCUACCAGAUGGACUCCCUGGGUGGCGAGGGGACCAAAAGUAACGACACAAGAAACUACACUCGGAUGGAAAAUGACAAGGCCGAUGAAGCCUCGGGGAAGAGCACAGGGAUCAAUUUCUGUCCUCCAAAUCAUACGCGUUAUCACGCCAGCGUGGAGGGACCUCACAAUGAGGGACUCAACAACGAUGGCAGAUCGAAUGUCUCGCAUGAAGAGGGUUCACUCGGGAGACAUAACAGUGACGAGUUCAUCAUUCGCAAAGAUGUGGAGUACACAAUCCGUCACGAACAACGGUGAGGACUAUGUCCCUCACCCAGCUUCGUACAGUCCAGUGUCACUGCAAAAGGGUCGCGGGAGCAGCUGGUACGGAGAAAGUUGACUUCGAAGACGUUAAGGUGUCUCCGGAUUUCGAGGGAUACUACUCCGGGCUAGCAACAGAGGACGGGAGACGAUAG